UCUCCUGGCAGCCAUCAUGAAGGGUGCAGUCUCGAUCUGUUUCCUCUCUCUGCUGCUUUUGCAGGCCACAGCAGAAGAAGAAGAAGAUGUUACCUCCGUCCUUAGAGACAGAUCUCACAUCGAUGAGACGCUGCGGCUUGCAAUGGAGGAAAAAGCAGGAGACUAUGCAGCGGCUCUGGAGAGGUUGCGGAAGAUCUACCAUACGUCCAUCAAGCCGAUGGAGCAGGCCUACAAGUACAACGAAUUGAGGCAGCACGAGAUCUCAGCCUACCCGGGAAGAACCCUGGGGGACUCAGCCACAGAUGGAGAGAUUACCUCCAAGCCCAUGGUGCUAUUCCUGGGACCAUGGAGUGUAGGAAAGUCCUCCAUGAUCAAUUACCUCCUGGGCUUGCAUGACAGCCCCUACCAGCUCUACACAGGAGCUGAGCCUACUACCUCUGAAUUUACAGUUAUUAUGCACGGGGAAAAGAUCCGCUCUGUUGAGGGUAUCGUUAUGGCGGCUGACAGCUCGCGCUCCUUCUCUCCCCUGGAGAAGUUUGGCCAAAACUUUCUGGAAAAGCUGAUUGGUAUUGAGAUGCCCCACAAGCUUUUGGAGCGUGUGACGUUCGUCGACACACCGGGAAUUAUUGAGAACCGGAAACAGCAGGAAAGAGGCUAUCCUUUCAAUGAUGUCUGUCAGUGGUUCAUUGACCGUGCUGACCUGAUCUUUGUCGUGUUUGAUCCCACCAAGCUGGACGUUGGUCUGGAGCUAGAGAUGCUCUUCAGGCAGUUGAAGGGUCGUGAGUCACAGAUUCGCAUCAUCCUGAACAAGGCUGACAACCUGGCCACCCAGGACUUAAUGAGAGUUUACGGAGCGCUCUUCUGGAGCUUAGCUCCCCUCAUCAAUGUCACUGAGCCUCCCCGUGUCUAUGUCAGUUCCUUCUGGCCAUAUGAGUAUGCACCUGACACCAGCCGGGAGCUCUUCAAGCGGGAGGAGAUCUCUCUUCUGGAGGAUCUCAACCAGGUGAUCGAAAACCGCAUGGAGAAUAAGAUUGCCUUCAUCCGCCAGCACGGUAUCCGUGUACGCAUCCACGGCUUGCUGGUAGACCGCUACGUCCAGACCUUUAAAGAGAAGAUGAGCUUCUUCAGUGAUCCCGAGUUAGUCUUCCAGGAGAUUGUAGAUGACCCAGACAAGUUUUACAUUUUCAAAUCCAUCCUAGCCAAGACCAACGUCAGCAAAUUUGACCUGCCCAACCGCGACGCUUACCGUGACUUCUUUGGCAUCAACCCUAUCACCAACUUCAAGCCUCUGUCAGCUCAGUGCUCCUACAUCGGAGGCUGCCUGCUUGAUAAGAUUGAGAAGGCAAUCACCACUGAGUUGCCUGCCCUUCUGAGCAGCAUUAACUCUGGCAAGCAGCCUGGCCUGUCCUCCUGCGAGGCCACCGGCUGUGGCGAGAAGCCAAAGAAUCGUUACCGAAAGAACUGAGGAACACAAAAUACUCUAAAGGUAGAAAGGAGAAGGAGAAGGUGAAGAGAAAGGGUCUGGUCGAUGCCAACCCUGCUUUUUGUCAGAACGCUUGUAUCACUAAUGGAGACAGAGGCGAGAAGAUGCUUUUUUUUUUUUCUUUUUUUUUUAAGGGGAGGUACAUUUAAGGUCCGUAGGAUUGAAAGAGAUAGCGGGAGGGAGGGGUCAUCGAUAAAGGCAGCUUAAGGAUACAAGUGCUGAAGAAAUGAGAACAUGCCUCUCUCCCUUGCACAACCACUCUGGACUGUCUGGGACUUUGGGAUUGGGAAAUCAAUGAUGUGAAUAAAAGAGGAAAUGGGAAAGAUUAAAUGAGAACGAAUAAAAAGUUUAAAUCCUGAACAAAAAAAGUCAAAUACCAGCUCCCUUGUAUGUGAAUAAAGGAAAAAAGUGGAAACAGAAAUGUGUGUUGGACAACUUGUGAGAAUUGCAUUGCAGCAGGUUAAUUCCACACGCUUCAGGAAGCUGUUUUUGAAGUAGCCCCUUGUGUGGGUGCCAUGCAGAGCUAGACAUCCAAACCUUUGCUUUUGAAUUAGAUUAACACUGCAUGUUCGAAAUUACAGGAGGUGCAUGUAUUUUCCCUCUGACACAAGCAAAAGUCCCUUGUGUUACUGACACCUGCAACACAUGUGGCCGUUUUAUUGUUUUGGUUAUUUUUCCUCAUAAUUUUGUAUGCUCGCCAGUCUUGGUUGUUGACAACCUCUGAGAAUAGCAGGGGUCAGGGAUCAAAGGUCAGAGUCUUCAGUGCAGAGUGGGUGUGUUCACUCUGCUUGUAACUGUUGUUACUCUUUUUUUGUGUUUGUUGUUUUUGUUUGAGUCUAUAAAUUUGCUUUCAGCAGGAUUUAAAUGCUGCGUAGGGUUUAUUUUCCCCUCAGUGAUAAGCUUCUCAGCCUUUUCUUUUAAGUGAUCAUAUAAAAAUAACAUAUGAAUGAGGGUUUCAAAUGAUUUAUUCUGCCAAUUAUUCUGCAGGUUAGAAAGAUAUUUGCCAUUUUUUUCUGUAUAAAUAGCCAAAUGGCCAGUUGA